AUGCUCGAGUUUCGAACACAGGGCUUCAACGGCUACUCGGUCAAAUACAGCCCAUUCUUUGAUUCCCGUAUCGCAGUCGCAACCUCUGCCAACUUCGGGCUCGUCGGAAACGGACGACUGUACAUACUAGGUCUUACAGCAAAUGGCAUAGUAGCCGAGAAGUGGUUCGACACCCAAGAUUCCCUCUUCGACAGCACCUGGUCCGAAUCCCACGAGAACCAGCUCCUGACUGCCUGCGGCGACGGCUCCGUAAAACUCUUCGACAUCAAUGUGCCCACGUACCCUAUCGCCUCGUGGCAAGAGCACGCCCGCGAAGUCUUCGCCGUGCAUUGGAACCUCGUGGCCAAAGACACAUUCCUCUCCUCCUCCUGGGACGGCUGCAUCAAGAUCUGGAACCCCAACUCAGACGCGAGCAUCACGACCCUACCAACACAUUCCUGCACCUACUCCGCAUCUUUCAGUCCGCACAACGCCAGUGUGUUGAGUAGCGUAUCGUCAGACAGCCACCUCCGCGUCUUCGAUUUGCGCACACCAGCGAGUGCGUCCAACCACCUAACCAUGAACGUCCCGAUACACCAACCGCCCAAGGCGCGCAUGGGCCAAGCAGCCAGUGUUGGAAUCGCGCCCGCAGAGGCCUUGACACACGACUGGAAUAAAUACCGCGAUACCAUUGUUGCAACAGCCGGUGUGGACCGUGUGAUACGUACUUUUGAUAUUAGAAUGCCGCAGGCUGGACCCGUUGCUGUUCUUCCAGGGCACGAAUAUGCGGUAAGGAAGUUGAGCUGGAGUCCGCAUUUAUCUGAUAUUCUACUAUCUGCGAGCUACGACAUGACGUGUCGGGUGUGGACAGAUGGCAGUGCCAUGGGUGUAGGGUCUGUGAAGCAGGAGAAUAUGCUGGAGGACCCGAUGUUUUAUGGCGGAGGGAGGGAGAUGGGGAGGAUGGGGAGGCAUACAGAGUUUGUGACGGGUGUGGAUUGGUGUCUGUUCGGGGCGGAAGGGUGGUGCGCCAGUACGGGAUGGGAUGAAAGGGUUCUGGUGUGGGAUGCGAGGGCUGUUAUGCAAUGA